UCUACAGCCCCAACAGUUGGUCUGGGAAAACGAGUGAGUGUGAAAGCCAGAAGAGAAAGGCAUCCUACUCAACGUCCAGGGGCAAGGAACAGAGGAGGAAGAGGAGGGGAAGAGGAGAAAGGAGAACAGCAUACAGCUCCCUGGAGCGAGCGAGCCGCAGCUAGUUUCAAAAGAUGGACCGCUGCCCAGCUACCAUGGGGCAACUGGAAAUUUAUUUCACAAGCAAUUUGUGCAGGGAAGCCCGAGGGUCUCACACUUGAGGAACGGACGAACGCUACUGCCAGCCACUCCCUUUCCUCUGAGAGGAUAUAUUAACUGCCGUUAAGGUGAAAGAAGACCGAGUGUCUACCAGGGAUAAGACGGGCUCAUAUUUGUUCUCCAGUUAUCAUACGGCAGAAGCCAGGUUGCUCAGAAGCUACAUCUGUCCAUUGUGCCGUACCUUGACCUCCUAAAAACCUCCUCAGUAAUCAACUUGUGCUGCACAACACACAGGCUGGGCCACCAAUCCCCCAAGCCCGGCCUAGCUUUGGCCAGGACAAAGGCCAGCCCCUCAGAGAUGGGGGUAGCCGAAGCCGUCCGCCAUCUUAACAGCAAUGGGAGGGCUGGCGACCUGCGGGAAGAGGCGGCAGCGGAGUCCCCUGCCAGCUGCCCCAACGGCAAGCCCGUUCCUGCCCAGCCGCGCAGCCGUUUUGUGAAGAAGGACGGCCACUGCAACGUGGAAUUUAUCAACAUGAGCGAGAAGGGCCAGCGGUACCUCAUCGACAUCUUCACCACUUGCGUGGAUAUCCGCUGGCGAUGGAUGCUUGUCCUUUUCUGUCUCUCUUUCGUGCUUUCCUGGCUUCUCUUUGGCUUCUCCUUCUGGCUCAUAGCUGCCCUACACGGGGACCUCAGUCCCGAGCUCUCGCAGGACCCCAAACCCUGCUUCUCUGCGGUCACUAGUUUCAUGGCCGCCUUCCUCUUCUCCUUGGAGACCCAGACGUCGAUUGGUUACGGCUUCCGCAGCGUGACGGAGGAGUGCCCGGCUGCCGUGGUGGCUGUCGUUAUGCAGUGCAUAGCAGGGUGCAUCCUUGACGCCUUCAUCGUCGGAGCCAUCAUGGCAAAGAUCGCCAAGCCCAAGAAACGCAACGGAACCUUGGUCUUCAGUGAGACUGCUGUGGUGGCCAUGCGUGACGGCAUGCUCUGCCUGAUGUGGCGUGUGGCCAACCUACGCAAGAGCCAUCUGGUAGAAGCCCAUGUCCGGGCACAGCUACUGCGGCCCCGAGUGACACCCGAGGGAGAGUACAUCCCCUUGGACCACACCGACGUCAACGUGGGUUUUGACAGUGGCACCGACCGCAUCUUCCUGGUGUCACCAGUGACAAUCAUCCACGAGAUCAAUGGUGAGAGCCCCUUCUACGAGUAUGGGCCUUCUGAGCUGGCUAAGGGCGACUUUGAACUGGUGGUCAUUUUGGAGGGCAUGGUGGAGGCCACGGCAAUGACCACGCAAUGCCGGAGCUCUUACCUCCCCAGCGAGAUGCACUGGGGCCACCGCUUUGAGCCUGUACUCUUUGAGCGGCGUGGCCACUACGAGAUUGACUACCAGCACUUCCACCGCACGUACGAGGUGCUGGGAACGCCGACUUGCAGCGCUAAGGAGCUGAGCCAGCGCAAAUACAGAGCGCCUCCUAUGGGGGCCACUGCUGCCCGUGCCUCCUUUUGCUACGAGAAUGAAGUGGCGCUCAGCUGCUGUCACGAAGAGGAGGAGGAAGACAGGCAGGCGAGCCGGCGGGUGAGCCUGGAGAACGAACUAGACACCGCCACAUGACACUGCCAACGUCCUUUGACUGAGGAGGUUUGGGGCAGGCGGAAGGAAGCAGCUGACGUACCCCUUUGCAUAGAUGGACAACUGAGGUCACUGGCUGAGGGGUCUGUCAUUCAUAAUUCAUCCUGUCCCACCCCCCAAAUUUGACAGGGCAGGUCUCAAUGGUCUGGAACAAGCUAGUGUCUCUAAUAGAUGGGAGGAAGUCAUUCUUUAGCAUGUUGGCCAAAAUGGGCGGCUGGUGUGAACUGAGGUAUUCCUCGUGAUCCUUCAAGCCUCUCUGGGGCAGGGGGGUUCUGCAGAAGGUAGAACGGUGACCCAAAAUAAAUUUAAAAAUCAAAAAGAAACUUGAAGGAGGUGAUAAACCCUGCGACACUGGCAAGUCAAAUAUCGUCUGGCCCGGUGAUGGAAAGCGUUGUCAAGUCCUGAUCUUGUGGGGUGUGUGUGUGGUAAUCUAUGGCUCGUACUGUCGAAGGCGCUCUUUCACUUGUUGGAUCAUCACUGGGGUGUUGUGGAUGGCCAAAGGGUUGUAUGGCAGAAAUCUAGUAGCAUUUUCUCCCGAUGUUUCGCCUGCAUCUGUGGCUUGAUCCUUCAGAGGAUCCUAAUCUGGAGAAUUAUAUAUCUGAAGGAUCUAGCCACAGCAUCUAGGCGAAGCCUGUCAGGGGUAACACUACCACCCUGCUUCCCCGACAGACAUCCGAAUAUAAGACAUCCCCUAAA